AUGAAUUUUGACUCUGUCUGCAAUUUAAUGGACGAUAAACAACUUCUAAAAAGCCAUCAGAAAGAAGUUGUAGAAGAGAAACAUGUAAAAACAUAUAAGAACUGUAAAUCAAAUUUAAUUACAGAAAGAGUCCUUCCUUCUUCAGCCUGUCACCACUGUAAGUAUAUUUAUAACAGCAGCGACUGGGAAAUAUGUGAGGAGCUACGGAUUCGAGAGCUUGAAGAGGCCAAGGCCAGGACAGCUCAAAUGGAGAAGACCAUGCGUUGGUGGUCAGACUGUACUGCCAACUGGAGGGAGAAAUGGAGCAAAGUUAGGGCAGAAAGAAAUAAAGCACGUGAAGAGGGGAGACAGCUCAAGCUCAGGCUGGAAGCCACAAUGAAAGAGCUGAGUGCCCUGAAAAAAAUUAAUCAACGUGUAUUGAGUGAGAAUCAAGAAAUAGAAACUGAAAAUAUUUGGGGAAAGAAUUUUGAUUCUUCUGACUUGUACUGGAUGAAAGAAGAACAUACAAAACAUAUGGAGAAAGAACCUCUUAAAUAUGUCCAGAACAAGAUAUGUGAUGAAGACUGUGUCCAUCAGGAUACUUGUCCAACAGAAAAUUCUUCAGACCCUCCCGAUAUAAGAAUCAGUCUGGAAAUUCUGAAUUCUGGAGACAAAUGUACUACUUCAGUUUCUCUGGAAAAUCCUAACCCAAGCAAGGACCAUGCACUGCAUUCUCAGGAUGAUGAAGUAAUGCAUGUUUCUAUGUUACAUUUACAACUUCAUGAACUGCAGAAAAUCUUGCAGAAAGAACAAAAAAUCCGCUCAUGUCUGGAAAAGGAAGUAAAGAAAGUGAAAUCAAAGAAAUCUCUGUGGAAAUGGAAAUAUGAUGAGCUAAAAAUGUCCAAAGAGGGAAACUUAAAACAGUUUGGUAUAAAUCAGAACAAGAUGGAAACAGUUUUGGAUAAUGUAGAAGAAGAAACUGGAGCCAUGGCCAAAAAUGAUACAAAGAUCCAGGAUUUACAAGCGGAGAUAGUGAGACUUCAGUCUGAAAAUGCUUCAGAGUGGGGAAGAAGAAAAAUGCUUGAAACAGAAAAUCAAGACUUGGAUAGAGAGAACAGAAGACUGAAGAUCCACGUGAAAGAUCUUCAAAAUCUCCUUGACAGAAAACUGUCUGCAAUUAAUUUGUGUGGAGAUCUUCAGGCAACACAAACUGAACUUCUGGGGGAAAAUAAGGUAUGA